AUGGGGAGCGGCACGGAGCCGGCCAAGGGGCUGCUGCCCUACCUGCAGCGCGCCGACGAGCUGCAGAAGCACGAGCCCCUCGUCGCGUACUACUGUCGGUUGUACGCGAUGGAGAAGGGGCUGGUGAUCCCGCAGAAGGAGCGCACCAAGAUGACCAACUCCAUCCUCGUCUCCCUCAUCAACCAGCUCGAGAAGGAUAAGAAAUCUUUGACCUUGGGGCCUGAUGACCAUCUUCAUUUGGAGGGGUUUGCAUCAAGUGUCUUUGCUAAAGCAGACAAACAGGAUCGUGCUGGACGAGCUGACAUAAACACUGCAAAAACUUUCUAUGCUGCCAGCAUCUUUUUUGAGAUUCUCAGUCAGUUUGGCGAGCUUCAACCUGAUCUUGAGCAGAAGCAGAAAUAUGCCAUCUGGAAAGCCGCUGAAAUUAGAAAAGCUCUCAAAGAAGGACGAAAGCCUGAAGCUGGCCCUCCUGGUGGGGACAAAGAUGAAGCACCUGCCAGCACCACUACAAUUGAUCAUGUUGAAGAUAUGGGGCGAAGCCAGUCUUUUGGUAGCCGGCAGAAUGGAAAUGAAGCAUCACCUCAUCCUAUAGACAAGGAUUUUAGCAGGAGGGAUAGCUUUUCUGCUGUCCAGCCAGGAAAUAUAUCUUCUCGACAAGGUGCAGAGAAAUUCAAUGAUCAUGUCUCUGCCCAGGCACAUUUUUCACCACCACCUCCGCCGUCCGAGUUCUCAUCUCCACAGUCCCAGUUUUCACCCCCACCACAUUCAUCUUAUUCCUCUCCCUCAUACCAAGGAACAGAUUACCCUCCUCCUGAUGUCCACACCCCACACCCCAAUUAUUCAUCUCCCUCGUACACAAGCACAGACUACCCUACCAAUGAGGUCCAUAAACCACCAUCCAAUUAUUCACCACCCCCGUACACAAGAGCAGACCAUCCUUCGGAUGAUGGCUACAAUCCUCAGAGCAAUGAUAAGCCGGAUGUUUCAGCUUAUCCUCAGACGUACCACCAGCCACCCUACACAAUUGAACCCCAGCACACCUCUCAAAACUACUACGCUACAGAAACCCCACCUGCUCCAUACAACUACCCUAAUUUCCAGUCUUACCCAAGCUUCCAGGACAGCACACUACCUUCUGUCACAACCCAUCAACCUUCAUUCCAUCCUGCUAGUGAUGGUGGUGUGCCAACUGCUCCAUCAUACUCUCCUCCGGCAUCAAAUCAUCCUGCACCAACGCAGUACCAUCCGAGUGCUGAUGCUACACACCAGGUUACCCCUCCUGCUGCGCCACCAGCUAGCCAAUACGCGUAUGACAGCAAUUACCAGCCGGCAGUCGAGAAGAUUGCUGAGGCUCACAAAGCAGCAAGAUUUGCCGUCGGUGCUCUUGCGUUUGAUGACGUGUCAAUUGCCGUGGAGCACCUGAAGCGCGCGCUGGAUCUCCUGACGAACCCUUCUGCAGAAACUCACUAG